UGCCCCCACCUUGCUAGACGCUCUCUAGUGUGCACCUGCUGUGUGCCGAGCCCUGUGCAUGCAUAUCCGUGCCCCUCACGACGCUCCGAGGGUGACCCCGUUGGCAGCAGGCAUGUCAGAAGAUGAGGCGGCUGAGGCCCCCAGCCCCAGCCCGUGGGAGCAGGACCAGCAGAGUGUGGUGCGGCGGGUGGUGGCCCUGCCGCUGCUCAGCCGCCUGCAGCCCCAGCUGGCCACCGUGAAUGACCUCGCCUGCAGGGGCCUGGACACACUGGAGGAGAAGCUGCCUUUUCUCCAGCAGCCUUCGGAGACGGUGGUGACCUCGGCCAAGGACACGGUGGCCAGCGGCGUGACGGGCGCGGUGGGCCUGGCCCGGCAGGGCGGCCGCUGGAGCGUGGAGCUGACGCGCUCCGUGAGCCACGCCGUGGACGUCGUGCUGGGCAAGUCGGAGGAGCUGGUGGACCACUUCCUGCCCAUGACCGAGGAGGAGCUGGCGGCGCUGGCAGCCAAGGCCGAGGGCCCGGAUGUGGGCUCGGUGGAAAAGCAGAGGGAACACCAGGGCUACUUCGUGCGCCUGGGCUCGCUGUCGGCCCGGCUCCGCCACGUGGCCUACGAUCACUCUCUGGGGAAACUGAGGCAGCGGAAGCACGAUGCCCAGGACACGCUGGCUCAGCUGCAGGAGACCCUGGAGCCGAUCAACCUCACACAGUGUGGGGCGACCCCCACGGCCCCCGCCCGCCCCGGGAAGGUGCACGAGCUGUGGGAGGACUGGAGCCAGCGCCCCCUGGAGAACGGCCGCCUGUGCCGCCGCAGCCAGGCGGAGCUGGAGACGCUGGCGCUGCCCCGCAGGCUGCUGCGCGAGCCGCAGGGCACGGCGGACGCCCUGGCGAGCAGCGUGCGGGGCCUGUCCGGGGGCCGCGUGGCCCGGGCGCGCGCCUGCGUGGACGAGCUGCUGGAGCCGGUGCUGCGCGCCGCGCCGCUGCCCUGGCUGGUCGGGCCCUUCGCGCCCGUCCUCGGGGAGCGGCCCGCGCCGCCGCCCGACCUCGAGGCCCUGGUGGACGAGGUCGUGGGGGGCCCCGACCCCCGCUGGGCGCGCCUGGACCGGCCGGCGCAGCGCGGCGACGCGCUGGGCCUCCCGGGGGGCGUUCCCGAGGAGGAGCCCGAGGGCCCCAGCCGCCCCCGGCACGCGCUGAUGCCCCAGCUGGACUUCUGAGCCGGCGGGGCCGCGGGGGCCGCCCUGCACCCCGAGAUCCCUGCUGCCCCCUGGUGGCCACGCAUGAGCACUACCACCGACGCCGCGACUGGCCUCGGCCCGGGCCGAGCUUCAUGAUGUCACGCCCUCCCCCAUCCUUCCCUUGGACUGCGGGGACUUGAACCCCAACUCACGUCCGACCGGCCCCAAGCUGGGUUCAUCUGUCCGUGGCCCCGAUCCCCCACCGCAAGGAGCGGGUCGACACCCCCCAGAGAAGCACACGUUUUGUGCACCUUUGAAAAGUGAGCGCCCCCCUCCCCCAGCUCGUACAUCCCGGACUGAGGGGCCCCCCCAGGUGCCCGGCCGCACCCGCUGGGCCUGCCACGCCCACUGGCUUGGCCGUUUGGGGUUGUUCUCCAGAAUAAAGGCGCUUCAUGUCA